AUGUCUCUGAAGAUCUGGCUGCGUGCUGAGACCAAGCCCGCUGAGGCGCGGUCUGCUUUGACCCCUACUACUUGCAAGGCAUUGAUUGAUGCUGGUUACGAUGUGACCGUUGAGCGCUCUACUCAGCGCAUUUUCGAUGAUGAGGAAUUCGCCAAGAUUGGUGCGCCUCUCGUUGAGGAGGGUUCCUGGGUGAAGGAUGCUCCCAAGGACGCCGUUGUUCUGGGUCUUAAGGAACUGCCCGAGGACGACUUCCCCUUGGAGCACGUCCACGUCACUUUCGCCCACUGCUACAAGCACCAGGGUGGCUGGGAGAGUGUUCUCAGCCGCUGGCCCCGUGGUAAGGGUCUCCUGCUGGAUCUGGAGUUCCUUACCGAUGAGGUUGGCCGUCGUGUUGCUGCUUUUGGUUUCUCUGCUGGUUACGCUGGUUCCGCAUUGGCUGUCAAGAACUGGGCUUGGCAAUUGGCUCACCCCAACGGCGAGUCUCUUCCUGGUGAGGUUCCCUAUGCCAACCAGGACCUUUUGAUUGAGUCAGUUAAGGAGAGCGUCGAGGCUGGUAAGAAGAUUGCGGGCAAGUAUCCUACCAUUCUCGUCAUUGGCGCUCUUGGCCGUUGCGGCAAGGGUGCCGUUCAGCUGGCCAAGGAUGUCGGUAUUCCCCAGUCCAACAUUAUUGAGUGGGAUAUGGCCGAGACCAAGAAGGGUGGUCCCUUCGAGGAGAUCGUCACCAGUGACAUCUUCAUCAACUGCAUUUACCUGAGCGCCAAGAUUCCUGCUUUCGUCAACGUUGAGUCCCUUUCUACACCCAAGCGUAACCUCUCCGUUAUCUGCGACGUCAGCGCCGACACCACCAACCCCUUCAACCCAGUUCCCGUUUACGACAUCACCACUACAUUCGACAAGCCCACUGUUCCUGUGACCCUGCCUGCUGGCAACCAGGGUCCCGUCUUGAGCGUUAUCAGCAUUGACCACUUGCCCUCCCUCCUUCCCCGUGAGAGCUCUGAGCAAUUCAGCCAGGCUCUCAUGCCCAGCCUUCUGCAGCUUAAGGACCGACAGACUGCCCGUGUAUGGAAGCAAGCCGAGGAUUUGUUCAACGAGAAGGUUGCUACUCUGCCUGAGUCAUUUCGCGCUUAA